CCAACUACUACAGAUCACCCAAUCAGCUAUCGUUGUAUUUGUAAUCGAAUUUGAGAAAAAAGUUUGCUCGAGCGUUUUUGACGUUUGUCGUUUUGUUUACAUAUCAUUCUGCUUCUAUAUUUUCGUGGUGAUUUUUUUAGCGAUUCGACGUGUUUUGUGAACAAUUUAAUUUUAAUUUGAUACAAAUUUAUGAAAUAAAAUGAAGUGCUUUGUGAUUGGGUGCAACAACUCAUACGAAAGGGACAAGUCCGUGCGUUUGUUUAGUCUCCCAAGAGACGUAAGUCUGCGUGAAAAGUGGGUAAACUUUUGUGGUCAGAACGUUGGCCAACAUGCAAAAAUUUGCAGCGACCACUUCCUCCCCGAAGAUUUUGUCAACCUUUUAAAGGUUCAAAUGGGACUAGUGAAACACCUCAUACUUAAAAAGGGGGCUGUGCCAAGCCUACGCAAAGGCAGCUUCAACAAACUAAACCUCUUGGUGGAAGCUGCAAAGACAAUCGAAGCAACUGAGGAGCAGAGAAAUGUGGUUGCGCUGGAAAGAGUGCCGUUGGUUGAAGUUGCUGUCGACAACGGAAACCGCUCCAACAAACUCAACUUGUUGCUGGAAGCUGCCAAAAGAAUCGAAGCAACUGAGGACCAGGAAAAUGCGUUUGUGUCGGAAAGAGCGCCGUUGGUUGAAGUCGACAACAGAGCAAGUCGCAGCACUAAAACGCUAUUGGAACGAAAAAUGUAAGUAAAUAUGUACGUACUUUUAAACCUGGCACAUAUAUAAUUACUUAAAACGAUUAUAUAUUUUUAGAAGCGCUCUUAAACGUGAUGCAGAAGAGGCACAAAGGAAGCUGGAGCAAAAAAUUCAAGCGAUAGACUGUG